AUGAGUACACAUACUUAUGGUACUAAAUAUAAUCCUAUGAAUGCACAAAUAAAAACAUGGUCUGUACAGCGAACAUUGGAUCCACUUGUAGCACAGGUAACUACAUUAAUAUCGGAUCAACCAUCAAAUAAAAGAAAAGGUCGAUCAAAACGAGCUCAUCUACUUGUUGCUAAUAUUAUUCAAGCAACAGAAAAUUUUAUUACUAAAGCAAGUGAAAUAGCUCAUGAAAAUCCUGAUAUGCGUAAUGAUCUAUUACAAAGUAUGGAAGAAGUUAAACGAACAGGUGAUGAAAUGGCAGUUUUAUCAAAAGAAUUCGCUGAUGAUCCAUGUUCAAAACCAAAACGUCAACAAAUGAUUGUUGCAGCACGAGCUUUACUUACAUCAGUUACUCAUUUACUUAUCUUAGCUGAUUUAGUUGAUGUUCAAUUAAUUUUAAAAUCUAUUCGUUUAGUUGAAGAUGAUUUACAACAUAUUCAUGAUGCAUCAAGUCAAGAAGAAUUAGUUCAUUUUUAUAAACAAUAUGGUAAAGAUAUUGUUGAUUUAAGUCAACAUGCUCAACGUCGUCAAUAUGAUUUAGUUGAUCGUCUCGAACAAGAAAAUUUAGCUGCUGCACGUGGUACAAUAAAACGAACAUCAAUGAUGUUAUUAACGGCUUCAAAAACAUAUUUACGUCAUCCAGAACUUCCUUAUGCACGUGAAAAUCGAGAUUUUGUUUAUAGUCAAGUACGUGAUGCUGUUGGAGUUAUAUCAUCAGUAACGCAAGGACGACCUAUACCACCAACACAAACAUUAAAAUUAGAUUCAUCAUUAAGUACAGUUGGAGAUUUAACACGUGCAUUAAAUGAAUUUGAUCGUAUUGUUAUGAUGAAACCGCAAAAAUUUAAUGAACAAAUUAUUCGACCACAACUUGAAGAACGUCUUGAAAGUAUAAUAUCAGGUGCAGCAUUAUUAGCUGAUUCAUUAUCAACACGUGAAGAUCGUCGUGAUAGAAUUGUACAAGAAUGUAAUGCUGUACGACAAGCUCUACAAGAUUUACUUGAUGAAUAUAUUCAAUAUUCCAAAAAGAAAAGUUCAGAUGAAAAUGUUAAUGCAAAAAUUCAAGCAAUGCAGACAAAAACGCGUGAUCUAAGAAAACAGCUUCGAAAAGCGGUUGCUGAUCAUGUUAGUGAUACAUUUGUAGCAACAAAUGUACCACUACUUGCUUUAAUUGAUGCAGCACGACGUGGUAAUACACAAUUAGUUGAAGAAACAGCACGUAUUUUUAUGGAACAUGCAAGCAAAUUAAUUGAAAUUGCUCAUGUUGCUUGUUCAAUGUCUGAUCAAGUUGAAGGUAUUAAACUUGUUCGUUUAGCUGCUAUGCAAAUUCAACAUUUAUCGCCACAAGUUGUUAAUGCUGCACGAAUACUUGCUGCUCGUUCAACAUCAAAGGUAGCACUUGAAAAUUUGGAUGUUUUUCGUGAUACAUGGGAAAAAUAUGUUCGAUUAUUAACUGAAGCUGUUGAUGAAAUAACAACAAUCGAAGAUUUUCUUGCUGUUUCUGAAAAUCAUAUUCUUGAAGAUAUUAAUUUAUGUAUUCAAGCAAUGGUUGAACGACAUCCAGAUCGUGUUGAUCGUACAGCAGGAGCUAUUCGAGGACGAUCAGGUCGUGUUAUUGAUGUAGUUACAUCCGAAAUGGAAAAAUAUGAACCAGGAGAAUAUACUGAUAGUGUUAUGGAAAGUGUUCGUGUUCUUCGUGAUCAAAUUAUGCCAAGUUUUGCUGAACGAAUUAAAAUAGCUAUUGAUACACUUCGAAUGAAAUCAAUAUAUGAUGAUGGAAAAUAUGAAUUAACUGAACAAGAAUUAAUUGAUGCAUCAAGUAGUGUUUAUCAUGGUAUACGUGAUAUUCGUAAUAGUGUAUUAAUGAAUCCGGAUCUUGAAUGGCCAAGUGAUGAUGAAGAAGGAUUAAAUGAUGAAAUUUAUGCUCCAUCACAAACAUCAAGUCAUGGACCAUCAUCAGAUGGUCAACCACCUGAUCUUGAAAUGUAUCCAGGCAAAAAUGAUAAUCCCAGUCGGGAUAUGAUGAGACGAUUACCAAAAGAAGAGCGUGAACAAAUUGAAUUACAAGUUGAAGGAUUUAAAAAAACAAAACGUGAUUUUGAGCGUGAAGUACUUAAAUGGGAUGAUCGUGGCAAUGAUAUUAUUGUUCUUGCUAAGAAAAUGUGUAUGAUUAUGAUGGAAAUGACUGAUUUUACACGUGGUCGUGGACCAUUACGUACAACAAUGGAUGUUAUUAAUGCUGCUAAAAUGAUUUCUGAAUGUGGUUCAAAAUUAAAUAAAUUAGCAAAAGAUAUUGCUGCUCAAUGUGUUGAAUCUCAAUCAAAAUCUGAUCUUGUUGCUUAUGUUGAUCGUAUCACUUUAUAUUGUCAUCAAUUAGAUAUUACAAGUAAAGUUAAAGCUGAUGUACAAAAUAUUAGUGGAGAAUUAAUUGUUAGUGGUCUUGAUAGUGCUACGUCAUUGAUUACAGCAGCUAAAAAUUUAAUGAAUGCUGUUGUACUUACUGUUAAAGCAUCGUAUAUUGCAUCAACAAAAUAUCGUAACAAGUCAGGCAAUAAAGAGCCGAUUGUUCAAUGGAAAAUGCGUUUACCAGAAAAGAAACCAUUGGUUUUCAUUGAUCGACAAAAUGAAUCAAAUUCACGUUCAAAAAAAAACGCAACUAAAAAACGUCUUGAACCAAUACAUGUUCUAAGUGAAUUUCAAAGUUAA